GCUGAACAUUUCCUGUGGGGGGCUAAUAACAAGUGACAGAGAGAGAAGCUGUGAGGAGGACCCGGCUGAUGAUGAUGAGAGGAGCUCCAUAGACAGGAAGUGUAGGCUGACUGACUCCCCAGAGACCCUGCAUCAGGACAUGGCUCAGGGCUCGGAUAUGGACACCCGGCUGCACCGCACUCUGCGGCUGAUAUCCGGGGCCGCCGCUCACCUCACCGCCGUCAUCUUCACCAUCUCCAUCUCCUGCGUCGCCCAGCCUGGAACAACCCUGUUCUCCUGGCACCCGUUCCUGAUGACCCUGGCGUUUUCCUUCUUCAUGACGGAAGCCAUCUUGGUUUUCUCGCCUGACUCCUCCCUACUCCGCUCCUUUUCUCGGACAGCCCGGGUGCGAGCGCACUGGCUUCUCCAGCUGUUGUCGGCGCUGUGUGCUGGGCUGGGCCUGUGCGCUAUAUACUACAACAAGGCGUUGCACGGAAAGCCUCACUUUGUCACAUGGCACGGGCUGCUGGGAUUGCUGACCGUGAUGUGGGCACUGAUUCAGAACCUGGGAGGAAUAACGCUGCUCUACCCCAAGCUGGUGCAGCGCUGGACCCUGGCCACCCGGAAGCUGUAUCACGCCACGUCGGGCCUGCUGGCCUACCUGCUAGGGUGCAUCAGCCUUUUACUGGGCAUGUGUUCCCUCUGGUUCACCGCCUCCGUCACUGGAGUAUCCUGGUACCUGUGCGCCCUGUGUCCGGUUCUCACCGGCCUGGUUAUAAUGAGCCAGGUCAGCAACGCCUAUCUCUACCGCAAGAGGAACUGAUACGAGGGCGGACACGCAGAGCGGUAUUUUAUGUCCGCACCCCUACACACCUGUCAUGUGGAUGGAACUCGCGGGGUGGGGACGCAGAGCUCCCCCGUAUAUCAUGUGUUCCUAAGUACCACGGAUGUAUUUAGGCGUCUGAGAAAGUGUCUCACAAGCCGCCUCUACGCGGGCACCAAGCCCCGCUAUCGCUCAGUGUUCAUUACUGCCAUACGUAAGCCAAGAUUAAAGGGGUGUUUUUUGGUUUCUAAAUUAAUUUAAAAACCCAUAAAAAGUUAGGCUAAAAAUCUAAGUUUGUUUUAAAUGCUAAGGACAGAAGACGGGAUGCUGGUGGGUUCUCCGUCCUCUUGCUGUGGGUGACCUGGGAUUCCUGUUCUGGACGUUGGAGUAUUUGGCACCCAGCUGUGCUCCCGCUAUAUUCUCCCAUAAGAAACACGCUCUGCUAUGACCGCUAUGUUUGCAUCGUCUUAUUUUAAUAUCUGAUUAUUGUGUAUAUGAGCUGUCGUCUGUGUCGCCAUUUUCCAUUUCUUCAAUAAACACAAUUUUGAGAAGAAAAAAAAAAGAAUAAAAUAUUUAUAAAA